AUGACUUCAUUUGGAUCAAACAGAAAAAAAGAACCAGGAUAUAACACAACAUUUAGAAUACAAGGACAAAUAUAUCAUAGAAUAAGAUCGUUACUUCCAGUUGAUAAUAAUCCGUCUUUUUUACAAAUAUAUUUUUUAGGUGAUAAUGAAUUACAAGUAGAGAGACGAUGUACGGUUGUUCCUAAAAUCAAUAAAAAAAUUGUACCCUCAUUACAAAAAUUGUUGCAUGAACAUAAUGUAUUAAUCAAAAUAUUUAAAAACUCAUUGGAAAAAAUGCCUUCAGAAGAACAUACAAUUAUCCUUACAGCUGAUAAAAUACCUGCAGGACAACAUGAACGUCGUUACAAUUUACCGAUAUCAAAAGAAGUAGCUGUGAUUAUCAGUAGAAACAAAUACAAUAAUCGUGAUAUAAUAUUAGAGAGACGUAAUCAAGAAUUAAAAACUAUUUCUGAAACCCAUAAAUCAUAUGAUGCAUUACAAUAUCCUUUAAUGUUUUGGCAAGGGGAAGACGGAUAUCAUUUUGAAUGUAAAGAAAUAAAUCCAAAAACUGGGGCAUUAACAUUAAAAUAA